UAGUUCAACCAAAAUAUAGUAUAUAGUAAAAAUAAUAUGGAAGACGAACGUGCAAACCUUUUAAAUGCUAUUUUAAAGCGUGGUCCAAAUAAGAGAAAAAUAAAACCUGCUGAAAACAAUGAUCUCCUUGAACUUGCUCUCUCUUAUGGUGAUGGAAGUGAUGAUGACGAGGAUUUUGAGAUGGGAAGUGAUGAUGAAGAAGAAAGUGCUAGUGAAAGUGAUGAAGACAAUCAAAAUGAGUCCACAAUGCCUCAUAGUAGCGAUCAAAGUUCAAGUGAUGAGGAAGAUAAGACUGAAACAUGUGAUGAAGAUAGUGUUGACCACGUUGAAGGGACCAGGAAUGGUCCAUCAACGACAAUUACGAACAUGUUUGAAAAACUAGAAGAUUCAAACAAGAGCAUGUCAAAAAGUGGAGACAAUGUUGAUAAAUCUUCACCAAAACGUGACGAUUCGUUAAAAUUCCUUAUCUGUGGUAUUUGCUUGGAAGAUAACAAUGAUGAUGACGAUGAAAUUGUUGAAUGUGAUCAUUGUGGAAUAAGUGUACAUGAAAGCUGUUAUGGUAUUGAUACUGAUGAUAAUGAUUCAAAUAAGUCGUCCGAUUCUGAGUCUGCCACUGAACCAUGGUUUUGUGACGCUUGUAAAAGUGGACAAUCUCCGGAAUGUGAGCUUUGUCCAAAUCGUGAUGGAAUUUUUAAAGAAACUUUGCAUGGACAAUGGGUUCAUCUUGUGUGCGCUCUUUACACUCCUGGUAUCACGUUUGAUGUUCCUGAUAAACUUGAGGGAAUUGUGUUGGAUGAUAUACCCAUCUCAAAAUGGGGGGCGAAGGAAUGUGAACUUUGUGAAGACGUCAAUUUAAGUCGAACUGGAGUGUGUAUUGGAUGUGAUGCUGGACUUUGUAAAACAUUUUUUCAUGCAUCAUGCGCUCUGAAAGCUGGUUUAUUGUCAGAAUUGCCCGGCGAAGACGAUGAGGAUGUUGCUGAUCCGCUAUAUGCUCAUUGUAAACUUCAUUUAGACAAAUCCAUUGCAAAGAGAAAGCGCCAAGCUUAUUUAACGUACUUGUCUUCUGUAAAAAAGUUCAAAAAAAAGGAAGUUAGUCAGAAGUACAAGGAAAGAGUUGAUCAAUCAUUACAAGCUGCAAGACAAAUGUAUUUGAGACGAAAAGCACAAAGAGCUAUUCCACCUGCUCCAAAGAUAAAAGUUGCUCGUUCCAUACUUACAUGCCCGUCAGUGUUACGUCAUUUAUUAAAAAAGGCUGAACUCCUGGGUCACGUGUCUAAUCAGUUUGGUAUGAAUAGACCGAGAAGAAAAUGGCAUAUUAAACCAGCUUUAACUAUCGAAUAUGUCAACUAUUUUUACGACCGCGGUAACCGAAUGAACAAUAUGAAAAAAACGUUAGAAGAAUUGACAGUGAACAAUAAAAAAUUACAAGAGGAAGAACGGCGUUUGAGAACAAAAUACGAACAGCUUUCUCAGAAUGCAAAGGAACUUGCACCACAGACUGAAGAAAUCAAAAAGAAAUGUUUUGGGUUGCACAAAUUUCUUUGUCAACUCAUGGGAAAGAAGCUAGAAUUACCUGCUGUAUUGAAAGCAAUUGAAGCCAAAAAAGAACACGAUCCACCAAAACAGGAGUGGAAAGUUAAUGUAUGCUCAAAAUGUCAGAAAACAGAGAACCAACAUUUGAUUGUGGAAUGUGACACUUGUAAUAAGUUUUAUCAUCUUGCUUGUGUUGACCCACCAUUGACCAGAAUGCCAAAGAAAUCAAGUACACUACUUUGGCAAUGUACGGAGUGUGAUAGCAGUAGCAGUGAAAAUGACGAAACAAAAAUUGACCUGAAUAACAGCACGUCACUUUUGCAGAGUCCAAAACGAAGCAUCAAAGAGCCUUCAAAAUUUACACCAGGAAAAGAUAGCAAUGAAACAACAAAGAAAAAAAUAAAACGUGUUAAAAAGCAAACAGCAACAAAACCGGUUAAACGACAACGAAGAAUUGAGGAACCCAAGCCAGAAAAACCGAAGAUAAACAAGGGGCGGAAAAAGAAAUCAGAAGAUGUGAAAAGCAACUGUAAAAUAUGUGGGAAAAUUGGAGACAGUUCAAAUAUUGUGAUAUGUGAUGAAUGCAAGAACUGUUUUCAUUUUGGUUGUCUUGACCCACCAGCAAAGAGCAAUCCAAAACCUAAAGGUUACUCUUGGUUCUGUAAUGAAUGUGAUGAAUCUCCGAAUGACGAAAGUGAGCAUGAAGUAGAAGAAGACAAGAAUGACGAAAACCAUUCUGAGAAAACUGAAGGAAAAUUUUACAAGAAAAAUGAAAGAACAGUGGAUGAAAGUGUCAUGGAAAUAUGACAAACUAAUGAUUAAAUUGUGUAGUGUCUCGCGUGAAAGUAAAUUAAAAUAUUGCUAUUUUUAUACUUGAAAA